AUGCCACCAGCGCUGCAAAACGUUGAAAUGUUCAGCACUUCAAGAUGUCAGACGCUUCUAGAAGAUUUUAAAAGUGAUGAUGAUGAAAUGAGUGAAUCGAAAGUGAACAAUAAUAACGUGAUACAUAGUGGGAAACUGUAUGAAAAUUGUGAUGGCGACUUUGAUUUAAGUGAAUUUGAGGCUAUGGAUUUCAAAGCACGAAUACGUUGGCCGGACUUAGUAGUUCAAAUUUCUUUACAUGUCGUUUCAAUAUACGGAUUGUACUUGAUAUUAUCAAACCAAGUGAAAUUAUAUACAUUACUUUUCGUUCUCGUCACAAUAUACACAUCUGGCUUUGGGAUAACAGCGGGAGUUCACAGGCUGUGGUCACAUAGAUCCUACAAGGCGAAACUACCCUUAAGAUGUUUACUCGCUGUUCUUUUCACUAUUACUGGGCAAAGAGACAUCUACACUUGGGCACUCGAUCAUCGAGUGCAUCACAAGUAUACAGAGACAGUUGCGGAUCCACAUGACGUCAGGCGUGGGUUUUGGUUCGCCCACGUCGGCUGGCUGGUGCUAACACCUCACCCUGCUGUGGAAGACAGAAGGAUCGCCUUACGAAAAACCUCACUAGACCUUUUGGACGACCCCGUUGUACGAAUACAAAAAAUAUUCUUUGUUCCACUAUUCUUAAUUUUGAAUAUCCUGUUACCAUUGGGAAUCCCAAUUUACUACUGGGACGAGGACUGGAUAACGAGCUUUGCAGUCAGCUUUGUAUUGAGAUUUACGACCACACUAAACAUCGCUUACUGUGUCAACAGCUUCGCACAUUUGUGGGGCAACAAGCCUUAUGACAGAUAUAUACAAUCUGUGGAAAACCAUCUUGUCAGUCUUGCUGCGCUUGGCGAAGGCUGGCACAACUACCACCAUGUCUUUCCUUGGGACUAUAGGACUUCUGAGCUGGGCAAAAUUAACAUUUCCACUGGCUUCAUCGAUUUCUUCGCAAGAAUUGGCUGGGCAUAUGAUUUAAAAGCUGCUACAAUGUCUAUGAUAAAACGAAGGGCAGAAAGAAGCGGUGAUGGAACCUUCCAUCCAGAAGAAGAACCCUACCCAAAUAACACAGAUGAUCAUUCACAUUCCUACUAG